CAGAACAGCACAACAUUUUUAUUCAUUCAAUCUUAUUUGGUGUGCCUGUCUUAGUCUUGCUUGACUGUUUUAGGUUUUAGUUUAUGGUUGCUUGCUCGAUCACAAGACAGACGAAAAAGUAGAAAUGCGUCUUCAUUGUUGAAUGUAGGCAGUGUGCUUUCGAAAUUUUAAUAUUAUUGUGGAUUGUGUGACUUGCUGUAUAAAAGUAAUUCAUUUUCUAUAAUCAUGGUGUCCAAAAUGAAUAUAAUGCGUAUUCAAUUGUGAAUGGCUGGUGUCAAAGUACAGAACAACUGAUGAAUGAUGCAGUCUAUAUUCUGGACAGGCAGAGUGCUAUCACGUGCUAUAAGAAAUGGAAUUUCGAAUUUAUCUAGUGCUACUGAAUUAAAUGUGUCGAAUAAAAAACACCCGUACUUAGUUUCUGUGGUAUGUGGUUUUCCUAAAGACAUUGCUCAUGGAAGAACCCGUAAAGGUCAAUUCGGAGACGACGCAUGGUUUUCCACAAAUUAUAACAAUGCGGAUGUUAUUGGUGUCGCAGAUGGAGUGGGAGGCUGGCGUGCGUACGGCAUCGAUCCGGGCGAAUUCUCCUCGUAUCUCAUGAGGACCUGCGAGAGGUUGGUCCAAAUGGGCCACUUCAAACUUUCUGAACCUAGCGAUUUGCUGGCGAAGUCCUACUAUGAAUUGUUAGAACACAAGAAACCAAUAUUAGGUAGCAGCACAGCAUGUGUUAUGAUCUUGGACCGCACAGAGAGCGUGAUACGCGCGGCCAAUAUCGGGGACUCUGGCUACAUGCUGGUGCGCGGCGGCCGGGUCGUCCACCGCUCUCACGAACAGCAGCACUACUUUAACACCCCCUACCAGCUAAGUCUGCCGCCCCCUGGGCACGACAGGAACGUCUUGAGCGACAGGCCAGAGUCAGCGGAAACAUCAGAGUUUCCCGUGGAAUGCGGGGACGUGAUCCUUGUGGCCACCGACGGUGUGUUCGACAACGUGCCCGAGCCCGUGUUAGUUGCGGAGAUGAGGCGCGCACAGAGCCACGCGGGCGACGCCGAGCGGCUGCAGGCGGUCGCCAACUCCAUCGCCUGGAUGGCCAGGAACCUCUCCUUCGACGGAUGCUAUAUGUCGCCCUUCGCGAAGAGUGCCCGUCAGAAUGGCAUCGAUGCUAUUGGCGGAAAACCAGACGACAUUACGGUGCUGCUAGCAAUUGUAGCACUAUGAACAUGUCUCCAUGUGAUUUAGGUAGAUUUUAGGCACAUGUUUUAUUCAAGACAUAUGCGAAAUUAGGAGAAUUAGCAAUACAACGACACCAAAACAAUCAAACUGUGUCAUGUUUUUUUUAAUAUUGUUAAAUUAAUCAGGAUAUGUAAGUAGCUAAACAUAUUUUUAUCUAUUGCGGUUAUUAUGUUUGCUAUUUUUUUGGUUCACGUUGCGAAAAUGGGCAACAACUCCCGAAUACACUGCUCGUGUAGUUUUUUAACUUGCACUGGAAAUUCGCCGUAUAUAUUUUGUUGGAAUAAAAACUAAUUGUUAAUGUCAUUAUUGUAUGGUUUCUCAGAAUUGGAAAGCCUUUGUGGUUUGCAAAUGUUGCGCCUGGAUUUUAUCUGGAUAGUACAAAAACAUAACUCAGCAGCAACCAUUUAAACGUCCCCUGCUGGGGUACAGGCCUUCCUUAUGGAUGGAUAAGGAGUAUGGACCAUUACCCACCACGCAACGUCAUAUUGGGUUUUCAUUACUUGUAUAUAUGACGAGCUCGCGGGCAGUGUUUUGGGCAAAGACCCCAUGGUAUGAUCUGAAUAUUCUGCUUGCAAAUUGUGAUUACCUAGCAAAUGACAGCAUCAAACACUAGUCACUUGUAUAGUGAUAUUGAAUUUUAUAUGUGCAGUUGUCAUUAAUGAAUGAAAUGUUUACAAUUAACCUGAUCUCUUAUGUUGAAUAUAACAGCCGCAAUGAACAUUGUAUAAAAACAUUGUCUUGUCAUUUUGUGUAUAAUUAUAAUUCAAAAUGAACAUUUUGUGAUGUACAUUUACAAAAAAAACAUGUACAGGAGCUAAAUUGGGCUAAAACGUUACCUUAUGCCAUAUCAAUUCACUUCAAUUGACAUGCAAAUAUUGAUUUUUAAAAUUGUAAUGUAACUUUGGUACAUAUAUAACAUAUUGACAACACAACUUUGAUUUCUUACCAUAUUGAGGGCAUUCUUUGUCACUUUACAAUUUUGAUUUUAUAAUAUAUUUUUUCUUGUAUACGAGAAUGUUAAAAACAUCUUUUAGGAGAUGGGGAAUCAAAUCAUUAUGGGACUUGAGGAUGUAUGUUUCAAAGGUUGAAUGAAGACUGAUAUAGUUUUACUAUUCUUGUUGUUACUGUAGAUUUGAUAAGAUGUUAUAAAUUCACAUUUCAAACAAUCAUUUAUUAACGAUUCUAUGCAACGUUUUUAUUUCAUUUUUGUACAUUUUUAUCAAGUAAUUUUCUUCGAGUCUUAUUUUGUCCUUAUAGUCAUUGCGGAUUUUAGCCUGGAUUAUUUUAUAUGGAGAAUUGGAGACAUUUGAUGUUGAAUUUGUAAUAUCUCAAUUUCGUAAUUAUCAGAGCCCAUGCCCUUUGAAUGAAAAUAUUAGAAAUUCCAAAAUCUGCGUCAAUUUUAUCAAUGUACUCUAAACUUUUGUGGAAAG